AGUCACAAAACAGCAAGGAUAAAUAGAAUCAAGAAGGAAUGGAUGCAUGGAGUUGAAACAACAGGGAAGUAUGGAAGCAUUAGAAGCUGUGGCAAUAGUUGUGUCAAGUGCUCUUUGUAUGUACCUGGUGUGGGUGCUGGCUGUGUUUCUUAACGAAGUAUGGUGGACUCCAAUGAAAAUACAAAGCAUGAUGAGGUCUCAAGGCAUCAAAGGUCCAGCAUACAGAUUUCCCCAUGGCAGCACCAAAGAGAUCUCCCUCAUGAGAAGCCAAACCAUGGCCAAACCCAUGGAGAUUUCACAUGAUAUCUUCCCAAGAAUCCAGCCUCAUGUCUGGUCAUGGACCAAGAUUUAUGGGAUGAACUUCCUGAAUUGGCAUGGCGCACAAGCCCAACUGUUUGUUACAGAGUCUCAACUUAUCAAAGAAAUACUGUCCAACAAAGAAGGUGAUUAUCCAAAAAUGGACAUGGAAGGUUAUGCAAAGAAGCUCAUAGGGGGAACACUCAUAACAAAUGAAGGUGAAAAUUGGGCAAAGAUACGAAAAGUAGCCAACCACACUUUCCAUGCAGAGAGCUUGAAAGGGAUGGUUCCAAAAAUGAGUGCUAGUGUUGCGAAAAUGCUGGGAAGGUGGAAAGAGUAUGAAGGAAAAGAGAUUGAUGUUUAUAAAGAAUUCGGGCUGUUAACAACUGAAGUAAUUUCCAGGACAGCUUUUGGAAGCAGCUACAGUGAAGGGAAGCAUAUAUUUGAGAUGGUGGCAAAGCUUACUACCAUUACUGUAAAAAAUGUCUACAUUGUGAGGUUUCCAGGCAUGAGUCGGCUGCUAAAAACCAGUGACGAGGUUGAAGCUGAGAAUCUAGAGAGAGGCAUAAAGAAUUCAAUUCUAGAGCUUGCUAAGAAAAGAGAGAGAGAGAAGAAUGGGGAGGCUGGCAACCUGGGAGAUGAUUUUCUUGCACAACUUCUAAAGAUUGUUCAUGAUCCGGAUGCCAGUAAGAGGAUCACAUUAGACCAACUGGUCAAUGAGAUCAAGGCAUUGUAUGGUGCCGGGCAUCUCACAACUACCAACUUGCUUAGCUGGACUGUGUUUCUGCUAGCAGUCCAUACAGAUUGGCAGGAGUGUGCCAGGAAGGAGGUAUUCCAGGUGUUUGGCAACAAAAACCCCACUUCAGAUGGAAUUGUACGACUAAGAACGAUGAACAUGAUCAUCAAUGAGUCUCUGAGACUAUACCCCCCAGUCCUUACCUUGACCAGAAAAACAGGCAGGGAAACGAAACUGGGAAGCCUAAUCCUUCCGGCUAACAUAAACAUUUUUCUCUCAGUCAUAGCACUCAGCCAUAGCACUGAAGUAUGGGGAGAAGAUGUUCAUCUAUUCAAGCCGGAGAGAUUUGCAGAAGGGGUUACCAAAGCUACAAACAACAACACGGCAGCGUUCUAUCCAUUUGGAAUGGGACCUCGUACUUGUGUGGGUUUAAAUUUUACAACCAAUGAGGCCAAGAUUACACUCUCCAUGAUUCUGCAGCGCUACAGCUUCACUCUCUCACCAAAUUACAUCCACUUUCCCGCUGAUAUCUUCAUUCUCACUCCCAAGAACGGAGUUCAAGUUACUCUCAGAUCAUUAUGAGUGCAAACUAAGUGGUUGAUCAUAAAUAAAGCUGUUAGAUUGUGUAUGCUGUUUGACAAAAUUUAGACCAUUAUGGCUGCGAACAAAAUGUUUGAAUAUAAGUUGUUGGAUUCCGUAUGCUGUUCAAGAAAAUUUUCAGUUUUUUGUUUUUAAUUCUUUUUUGGUUUUUAUUUAAAACCAACAACAUUCAAGCCUUUUUCUUUUUUUUGGGAUCAAGACAGUAUA